AUGGACGUGGACGUGGACGUGGACGUGGAUGUGGACAUGGACGUUGACGUGGACGUGGACAUGGACGUGGACGUGGACAUGGACGUGGACGUGGACGUGGAGGACACGGACGUGGACAUGGACGUGGACGUGGACGUGGACGUGGACGUGGACGUGGACGUGGACCUGGACGUGGACGUGGACGUGGUCGUGGACGUGGUCGUGGACGUGGUCGUGGACGUGGAUGUGGACGUGGACGUGUGGACGUGGACGUGGUCGUGGACGUGGUCGUGGACGUGGAUGUGGACGUGGACGUGUGGACGUGGACGUGGACGUGUGGACGUGGACGUGGACGUGGACCUGGACGUGGACGUGGACCUGGACGUGGACAUGGACGUGGACGUGGACGUGGACGUGGACAUGGUCGUGGACGUGGUCGUGGACGUGGACGUGGUCGUGGACGUGGACCUGGUCGUGGACGUGGACAUGGUCGUGGACGUGGACGUGGACCUGGUCGUGGACGUGGACGUGGACGUGGACGUGGACAUGGACGUGGAGGACGUGGACAUGGACGUGGACGUUGACGUGGACGUGGACGUGGACGUGGACGUAAACUUGGACGUGGACAUGGACGUGGACGUGGACGUGGACGUGGACGUGGACAUGGACGUGGACGUGGACGUGGACGUGGACGUGGACAUGGACGUGGACGUGGACGUGGACGUGGACGUGGAGGACACGGACGUGGACAUGGACGUGGACGUGGACGUGGACAUGGACGUGGACGUGGACGUGGACGUGGACGUGGACAUGGACGUGGACGUGGACGUGGACGUGGACGUCGGCAUAAACCCUAAACCCUAA